CGCGCGAUGGAGAGCGAGUGCUGGGUGCUCGGCGGCGAGUUCGAGGAUUCGGUGUUCGAAGAGAGGCCGGAGCGGCGCCCGGGGCCGCCGGCGUCCUACCGCGCCAAGCUCUGCGAGCCGCAGUGGUUUUAUGAGGAAACAGAAGGCAGUGACGAUGUCGAAGCUCUAACUCUGCAGAAGUUCCGAGGGGACCUGGCCUACAGACGGCAAGAGUAUCAGAAAGCACUGCAGGAAUAUGCCAGUAUCUCUGAAAAAUUACCACCUACGAAUUUUGCCAUGAAAAGGGACGUGCUGGAGGGCCAGGCUCGGGUUCUGGCUCGCCUGGGAAGGCACGCGGAAGCACUGGCCAUCGCUGCGGACUUGGAAAUGAAAGCGAGUAACACGGACCAUUUAACCACUGUGCUCUGCCUCCAGCUCGCCAUUUGUCCAGGCUUGCAGAACGUGGAGAACACCAUCUUCUGCUUGCAGAAACUGAUUUCUUUGCAUCCUUUCAAUCCUUGGAACUGGGGCAGAUUGGCGGAGGCUUACCUGACUCUGGGGCCAGCUCUCUCAGCAUCGUUUGCCUCACCUCCCGGUCAGAGCCACUUCACCUCAAGUGACAAAACUGUCGACUCCUGUCCACACCCAGGAAAGGACCAUCCUUUGUGUUUCCCUGAGACGUUGCCGGAGAACUCUGUGUGCUCUGUGGACACAGGCAGCAGUGACAGCCAGACGGAGGAGAGCACUCUGAGUGAGGUUCAGGCCCCCGAGGCAGAAAGGACAGCCGUGGGGUCGCUGGAGGCACAGACGAAAGCGUGCGCCUCUCUCGUCCGAGCCAGGCUUUUGCUUCAGCUCACCCAAUCUCAGCAGACGUCCUUUGCUUUGGAGAGGAACCUAAGGACCCAGCAGGAAAUUGAAGAUAAAAUGAAAGGCUUCAACUUCAAAGAAGGCACUUUGCUGCUGAUAGCUGAGGUUAUGGGAGAAGAUAUUGUCCCAGAAAAAAUAAAAGACGAGGUACACAGUGAGGUGAAGUGUGUGGGCGCUGCAGCCCUGACCUCCUUGGUGAUUGCAUCUUCGAAAGAAUUUGAAGACAAAUGGUUCAGAAAGAUCAAAGACCACUUCUGUUCCUUUGAAAAUCGGUUCCAUGCACAGAUACAGAUCUCCGCGUAGUCGUCCGUUCAAAACACAUCAGGCCUGUGUGACUGUCUUGUUUACUUCAGAGAGAGUGC